AUGCAAGGGCAGCUGCAUCUCAGCCACAACCUACCAUUGCUACAAGAGACCAAAUUUGGGUGGAUCGUUACCGGAGUCUACGAAGAACAGCCAACAGAAGUCUAUUCCAAUGUGGCUUCUAUGGACGAUCUCCAUCAUACCAUCCAACGGUUCUGGGAGAUUGAGGAUCUCGGCAGCACCCCGCUGCAAUCAAACGAACAACAAGAAGUUGAAGAUCACUUCCAUGAUACGUACCGUCGUGACGAGAACGGCAGAUUCGUCGUACAGCUUCCUUUCCGUGAUUCGCCAGAACUGAAACAGCAAUAUACUACCUUCAUCAAGGAGUACCAGGAUCUCGGACACUGCAAGGAAGUCCGAGAAUCAGAUGAUCCACCAGCCAAACAAGUUUACUAUCUACCUCAUCAUGCGGUGCUGAAACCUUCGAGCACCACAACGAAAGUCAGAGUCGUGUUCGAUGGCACAGCUAAAUCAUCGACAAACUCGCUCAACGACGUGUUGAAAGUAGGACCAACGGUACAAAGUGACCUGUUUUCAAUCGUCCUACGUUUCCGGAAGUAUCGGUACGCUUUCACCGCCGACGUCUGCAAAAUGUACCGACAAAUCCGGGUUGACGAGAGGCAAACCUGUUUCCAGCGAAUAUUCUGGCGCGACAAACCUACUGAAUCCCUGAGGAUCCCUAGGCAACUCGCAGAAGACGAAGGGGAUAAUUAUCCAACCGCCAGCAAGGUGGUACAGGAUGAAUUCUACAUCGACGACGUGUUAUCUGGUGCGGACACAAUCCAUGCAGCAAUCCAGCUGCAAUUUGAUUUGCAAGAACUUCUCGCCAGGGGUGCCUUUCCACUGAGGAAAUGGUGCUCAAACUCACCGGAAGUACUGCGGAACGUUCCGGAAGAAGAUCGUGAGCUGAUAUUCGACGUAGAUGGUUCAUCCACUAACGCAUCGAUCAAGACACUUGGUCUCCUGUGGGACCCAACACAAGAUGAUUUCCGGAUCGCCGUUUCCAAAUUAAUUGGUGAUAAGCCCAUCACCAAGAGGUAUGUCUUCAGUGAGAUCGCAAAGAUGUUUGACCCCCUCGGAUUCGUGUCACCUGUGUUAGUGCUAGCUAAGGCGCUCAUGCAACGCAUUUGGUCGGCCAAUUUGGAGUGGGAUGAUAUUUUGGACCCAAUUCUCUUCCAAGAGUGGGGUAGAAUUCGUGACUCAUUGACCGAGCUAAGCACGCUGCGCAUUCCCAGGUGCGUAAUAUCACCCGAUACCGUUCGCUGCGACAUUCAUGGCUUCGCAGAUGCAUCUGGCAAGGCCUAUGGAGCUUGCCUCUAUCUUGCUUGUACAACAGCUGAUGGAAAAAAAUCUGCUCGUUUGCUGUGUAGCAAGUCUAAAAUUGCACCGCUCACCGAGAUGUCCAUCCCAAGGAAGGAGUUGUGCGCUGCUCUUCUGUUAGCUCGACUGUUAUCCAAGAUGCUAGCAGCUAUAAAAUCAACUGUCGACAGUGUUAAGCUCCAGUCAGACAGUCAAAUCGUGCUAGCCUGGUUGAAGAAGCCACAACAACAAUUAAAUCGGUUGUGGUGGGAGGGUCUCUCCUUCCUGACAAGUGAAGAUCCCAAAAUCGACGAUUCUCCGCUCAUUUUAAUUCCGGAUGAAGAGCUUCCGGAAGUUAUGGGCGAUAUUAUCGCCGUACCAUCCGUCGCUGCAAGUUUUCUACCGAUUUUCGAAAGGGGAGAAGUUCCCAAAAAACUGGCCAACCUUAGUCCGUUUAUGGAUGACAAAGGCAUACUCAGAGUCGGAGGUCGCCUCCAAAAUUCAAACCUGCGAUACAACUCUAAGCACCAACUGCUUCUACCUCAUGGACAUCCUGUCGUCGAAGCGCUGGUACGUGCAAUACACGUUGAACAUCUUUACGUAGGGCCAUCUGGACUUCUAGCCAUCCUACGGGAGAUGUUCUGGAUAACGAGGGCGAAGUCAACAGUUAGGAAGGUUUGCCGAAGAUGCAUAAGCUGCUUCAAGGUCAACCCGAAGGAAUCCCAUCAGCUAAUGGGAAAUUUACCACAGAACCGUGUGGUGCCUGCGUUUCCCUUCGAGAACACCGGUGUAGAUUACGCUGGUCCUAUCACCAUCAAGGAAGGGCGAUACAAGCCGAAGCAUGUAAAGGGGUACAUCGCCGUCUUCCUGUGCUUAGCAACGAAGGGAAUCCAUCUCGAGUUGGUGUCGGACCUGAGCACCGAAGCGUUUUUGGCUGCCUUGGAUCGAUUCGUCAACCGUAGAGGUCUGGUGAAACGGAUAUUCUCAGACCAUGCAACUAAUUUCACUGGAGCCUCUAAGGAAUUGCAUCACCUUUAUCAGCUACUGAAGGACGAAACUACACAAGCCAAGAUUGUGGAGUUCCUAUUAUCCAAGGAGAUCAAAUGGCUUUUCAUUCCGCCUAGAGCCCCCAAUUUUGGUGGCUUGUGGGAGGCCGGGGUGAAGAGCGUGAAAACACACCUCAAGAGGGUCCUCCAGUCAGCCAUCCUCACCUUUGAAGAGUUCUACACCGUCUUAACACACAUCGAGGCAGUUCUUAAUUCGCGCCCAUUGUAUGCUCUGUCGGAGGAUCCUAACGAUCCUUUGCCCAUCACCCCAGCGCAUCUCAUGUUACUAAGACCGCUGGAACCAGUGCCGAAGCCGACACAUUUGGAUGUGCCAGUACACCGUCUGUCACGGUGGCAAUACCUCAAUUUUUUGCGCGACCAUUUCUGGAAGAGAUUGUCUAAGGAGUAUUUGUCUACGCUCCAAGCUAGAAGCAAGUGGACAAGAACGCAACCAAACCUACAACCAGAUAUGAUCGUCGUAAUCGUCGAAGACAAUUCUCCAGCUCAAUCGUGGAACCUAGGAAGGAUUAUCAAGACGUAUCCGGGAAGGGAUACGAUUGUUAGAGUGGCUGACGUCAAAACGGCCACCGGAAUUUAUCGACGAGCUGCAAGCAAACUUAUUCCACUUCCGACCGUGGACAACGACGAGCUGCUAUCCGCCCGGGGAGAAUGUACGCUCCCGUCAUCGAAUGAGCGUCCCCAGCCCGAAAGGGGUAUGGAAAAUCCCCUGACCAACACAACCUGCCAUCAGCUUAGGACACAAUAG